AUGGAAAUUCUUUGCUCUUUUCAGGGCUUCAGUUCAGCAACUGGGUUCGUGUUUGAAAUCUAUGGUCCACCGAUGCAAUUUGGGCAGAGUGGUUGGUUCGAAAAUGCUCAAGCCCACGAAUUCUUGCAUGAGUUCAAACCAGUGGACGAGCCACUCGAAGUUCAAGUCAACCACUCCAAUUUUUUCGCCACCGAAGAAUUUCUUCUCUCCCAGAGACUGGUCUUGAAUGAUUUUGAUAACAAAAGGCUGGAAACUAGCAAAACACAAACCAAAAUACCCAAUGGUUCCGUUCCAUCACAAAUUAAGCCUAAUAAACCAGAGAUAUUGAUUAACCUGCAUGCACACCAUCAAUGGCCCCGGGACUUGAUCAUCGUCUGCACAAAAAGCUUUGCCUUUUCAGCCUUCAACUCAAAAAGCCUCAGGUACGCCUUCAUCUCUUCAAUCUCCUGA